AUGGCAUUUUUAUCCUUUGAUCAGAGAAAGAGCUGGAUGGUGGCGGCGCGGCUGCAAAAACGACGGUUGCUCAUUGCCGUCAACUUGCUGGCUGGCAUGUCCAUUUUCUUCUUUGGCUACGAUCAGGGCCUGAUGGGCGGCGUGAACCAAAGCAUCGACUACGUCGAGCGGAUGGGGCUCGGCCGGCUCGCGGCCGACGGCAGCCUGGUCAUUGAAAAAACCCUCGUGCAAGGCGGCACCAUGGCCAUCUUCUACCUGGGCACGCUCGUGGGGUGCCUCGCGGGGGGCGCGCUGGGCGACCGGCACGGCCGCAUCGGCACGAUCGGCGUGGGCGCCGUGUGGGCCAUCUUCGGGGCGUCGCUGCAGGCGGCGGCGCAGAACCCGGCGUGGAUGCUCGGCUCGCGGUUCGUCAACGGCAUCGGGACGGGGGUGCUCAACGGCAUCGUGCCGGCGUGGGCGUCGGAGCUGUCGGAGCACACGAGCCGCGGCACCUUCAUCGCCAUGGAGUUUACGCUCAACAUCCUGGGCGUUGUCGUUGCGUACUGGAUCGCGUACGGCGUCAGCUUCAUCGACGGCGGCGCGUCGCCCGUGCGCUGGCGCUUCCCCGUCGCCUUCCAGAUCCUGCCGCUGCUGUGCCUCGUCGCCGGCUGCUGGGCGUUCCCCGAGUCGCCGCGGUGGCUCGUCAAGGCCGGUCGCGACGACGAGGCGCUGCACGUGCUGCGCCGGCUGCGCGGCGUCGAGGACGGGCGGGCUGAGGCUGAGUACAAUGAUAUCCGCAGCGUGCUGGAGCUGGAGAAGAGCGCCGAGGGCACGUCGUACCUGCACAUGCUCUUUGGGCGCAAGUCGGGCAGGCUGCACACGGGCCGCCGCGUCCAGCUGGUCAUCUGGCUACAGAUUAUCCAGUGCUGGACUGGUAUUGCGGGAGUCACCAUGUACGGACCGACCAUUUUCCAGAUUGCCGGCUUUGGGGCUGACAAGACGCAGUGGGUGGCGGGUCUGAACAACAUCUUCUACAUGUUCUCCACGCUCAUCUGCGUCUUUACCAUUGACCGCAUCGGCCGGCGGAUGACGCUGUACUGGGGCUCCGUAUGCCAAGCCAUCGCCAUGGUGCUCGUCGGGGGGCUGUCGCGCGGCGGCCUCAACGCGAGGCACAGAGGCGACAUCAGCACGGCCAACGCAUGGGGUGCGGCGGCAGCCUCGAUGGUGUAUCUGUACACGUUUGUAUUCGGUGCCACGUGGCUGACAGUGCCCUGGCUGUACCCGGCAGAGAUCUUCCCGAUUCAUGUGCGCGCCAAGGGCAAUGCGUGGGGUGUUGUCGGAUGGAGCAUCGGUAAUGGUACCCUUACUCUUGUGCUUCCGUAUGUUGUGAGCGCCAUCAACGAGAACAUGAUGUACAUCUUUGCCGCUGUCAACGUGUUGAGCAUUCCCAUUGUAUGGGCUCUGUAUCCCGAAUCCAACCAGAGAACGCUUGAGGAAAUGGAUCUCUUGUUUGCGGCACCGACUCCGUGGAGCUGGGAUGCGGAAAAGACGUUUGCGAGGCUGAAGGAGGAGAGGGAGCAAGCAGGUGGUGUGUUGAAGAAGACGGUUCAGGAUGCAGAAGCAAAGGUGGAUUCGAGCAGCUCGCAGCAUAACGAGUUUGAUUGA